AUGGCUUUGCGUGAAUUACUUUUGCAACUUGUACUACUGCUACUUGGGGCCAUAGUUUUAGCAGCAUCAGAACCCUAUUCAAACUGCAGCAGAACAUGUGGAUCGCUUCAUAUUCCGUAUCCAUUUGGAACAAGCGAGGGCUGUUAUCUCGAUCCAUCUUUUCUCAUCACUUGUAAUGACUCAACGCUAUUUCUGGGCCCCAGUUAUGAAUCUUUAGAGGUCAGUUAUGAAUCUUUAGAGGUCCUAAACGUAUCACUGGAGGGUGAAAUUCGAGUCUUAAGCCACAUAGUCCGUGAUUGCCCCAGCGAGCCCGAGUAUGACUUCAGAAACAGCAAUUACCAGUUCCCUUUGCAAAAGCACUUUCUCAUCUCACAUACGAAGAACAAGUUCUUUGUAGUCGGUUGCGACACUAUUGCGGUUGUUAUAGCUGGGACAUUGGCAGAGCCCGAGGAGUACAUUGCUGGAUGCGCUUCACUCUGUGACAGUAAUCAGAGUGAUGGUAACGGGUCCUGCACUGGCACUGGCACUGGUUGUUGCCAGACUUCUAUCCAAAAAGAGACGAGUACUUUUCUUGUGACUGCUUGGAACUCGACCGAUCACUCCGCAGUACGCAACGUCAAUACAUGUGGCUUCAUUUUUGUAGCGGAAGAAAAAGCAUAUGACUUUUCCUCAGAUCUUGAAAAUUUACAGAACAGACAGACUGUUCCUGUGGUGCUUGAUUGGGCAGUUGGGAAUAAGACAUGCCCAGAUGCUAAGAAAAAGUCGACAAGCUAUGCAUGUAAGGCAGAGAAUAGCAAGUGUUACAACUCCACCCACGGUCCAGGUUAUCGUUGCGAAUGCUGCCCAGGUUAUGAAGGGAACGCAUACCUCUCUAAUGGUUGCAAAGAUAUUGAUGAGUGCAAAGAAAAUCCAAAGCCCUGCAACAAGACAUGUGAAAACAUUCCGGGGAGUUUCAAAUGUAGUUGUCCCAAGGGGUACGAAGGUGAUGGGAGGACAAAUGGGACAGGGUGCAGUCCUAUAGUCAGCCAAUCUAGUAGUAUCGCUAUUGAUCUGGUUUCAGGAAUUGGCAUAAGCCUCUCAAUAUUGCUCGUUGGAGGUUCUUGGAUAUAUUGGGGACUGAAAAGAAGAAAUCUCAUCAAGCUCAAGGAGAAACUAUUCCAACAAAAUGGUGGCUUAAUGUUACAACAACUACUCUCGAACUACACAGGCUCUGUAGAGCGAGCAAAAAUUUUUAGUACAGAAGAGCUUAAAAGAGCGACUAACAACUACGACGAGAGUAUGAUUCUUGGCCAAGGUGGCAAUGGAAUUGUUUACAAAGGAGUGUUACCUGGUAACAAAGUGGUUGCUAUUAAGAAGUCCAAAGGUUUUGAUCAAAGCCAAACCAAGCAAUUCGUAAAUGAGGUGGUUUUACUUACCCAAAUCAACCAUAGGAAUGUAGUUAAGCUAUUAGGGUGUUGUCUUGAAACAGAAGUGCCCUUAUUAGUUUAUGAAUUCAUCACAAAUGGGACCCUCUUUUACCACAUUCAUGAUAAAAGUCACUCAUCCCAACUCUCGUGGGAAAAUCGUCUCAAGAUAGCAGUAGAAACUGCUGGAGCACUUGCAUACUUACACUCUGAAGCAUCUAUGCCAAUUAUUCAUAGAGAUGUAAAAACAGCAAAUAUACUUUUAGAUGAUAAUCUCACUGCAAAAGUUGCUGACUUUGGAGCUUCAAGGCAAAUUUCUCUUGAUCAAGCACAAGUAACCACUUUGGUGCAGGGAACUUACGGGUACUUGGACCCAGAAUAUUUUCAUACUGGCCAACUAACAGAAAAAAGUGAUGUCUACAGCUUUGGUGUUGUUUUGGCAGAGCUAUUGACAGGGAAGAAGGUAGUUUUUUUCGAUGGGACAGGAAGUAAUAAAAAUCUUUCUAUGUCAUUUGUUUCUACCGUGAAAGAGGAUCGUGUACUGCAAAUUCUUGAUAGUCACAUUAUAAAUGAGGAUAAUAUUGAGGAAUUAAAGGAAGUGGCCAAUCUUGUAAAAAUGUGCUUAAGUGUAAGCGGGGAGGAAAGGCCCUCUAUGAAGGAAGUGGCAAUGGAGUUGGAGGGUUUGAGAAUUAUGAAAAAGAAUCCACAAAGAAAGGCCAAUCUCUAUACAGAAGAGACUGAGUACUUGCUCACUGAACCUGCACACUCUUUUAGCAUUGAUGUUGGCACUAGCACAACUGCUGGGUACGAUAGCAUAAGAAUAUUGAAACCACCGGAUGGUGGCAGAUAGUUUAGCUAGUCCACUUAAUGCUGGCUUAGACACGAGAUCAUUGAGUCCUGAUUAAUUUAGUCUUAGAAUUUUAUUUAGAUGUUAUUAGUUAACUGGAUUACUAGCAUUUAGUUUUAUGUUUUAUUUCAUUUUUAAGAUAAGGUGUUAUUUUGUAAUUCAAUAAUGGACUUGGUCCAAAGUU